CACAGAAAUUUCAUAUUGUAGGUAAGUGCACAGGAGGGAAUCCUUCAUGCUUCUGGAAAUGGGAUACCCCCAUUAACAAAGGACUACUGCAUAUUUUACAAUCCUUCGUGGAUAUCUCUUCCAAAUACCCUGGAUAACACUGCUUCCAGGAGUUUGAAAAAUUUGACAUCCAAAGUGCUUUGCAGUAAUGCUGAAGUUCCUUCUACUCUUAUUAUAAAGGACAAGGCAGUUGUUGUAAUGAGAGGAAACUGCUCAUUUGUGGAUAAAGCAAGAACUGCUCAAAGUCACGGUGCUAAAAUACUGUUGAUUGCCACUAAAACUGGUCUAUCUUCUCCUUCAGGUAACAAGACUGAUCUACAAAAUGUGACCAUUCCAGUUGCUCUUGUAAGAUAUAAUGAUAUAAUGGAUAUGCAGCAGGCCCUUGGAGGUAGGAUUAACGUAACACUCUAUUCACCAUCUUUGCCAGAGUUUGACUACAGUAUGGUUGUCAUCUUUCUAAUUGCUGUGUUCACCGUGGCACUGGGAGGCUACUGGAGUGGAGUAUCAGAGCUUGAGGAUUUAAAGGUAGAGGCAAACCCUGAAAACGGAGAAACAAGAAGAAAGAAAGAUGAUAAUGUUACUUUAACCCCUCUAACAGUUAUCGUAUUUGUGAUAAUCUGUUGCGUCAUGCUAGUCUUACUUUAUUUCUUCUACAAAUGGCUAGUGUAUGUAAUAAUAUCGGUUUUCUGCUUGGCAUCUGCAAUGAGUUUAUACAACUGUCUUUCUGCACUCAUUAGAAAAAUAUCAUGUGGGCAGUGCAGGAUUUCAUGUUGCAACAAAAGUAUUGAAGUGAGACUUAUUUUUCUUGCUGGAUUCUGCAUAGCAGCAGCUGUUGUUUGGGCAGUGUUUCGAAAUGAAGACAGGUGGGCUUGGAUUUUACAAGAUAUCUUGGGAGUUGCUUUCUGCCUCAACUUUAUUAAAACACUGAAAAUGCCCAACUUUAAGUCAUGUGUCAUACUUCUAGGACUUCUUCUUUUGUAUGAUGUGUUUUUUGUCUUCAUAACUCCAUUUAUCACGAAGAAUGGGGAAAGUAUAAUGGUUGAAGUUGCAGCUGGUCCUUUUGGAAACAGUGAAAAGUUACCAGUGGUUAUUAGAGUACCUAGACUUGAAUACUCUGCAUUGACAUUGUGUGGAAUGCCAUUUUCACUACUGGGUUUCGGAGAUAUCAUUGUACCAGGUCUCUUGGUUGCCUAUUGUCGAAGAUUCGAUGUUCAGACUAGGUCAUCUUCUGUGUAUUAUGUUUCCUGUACCAUAGCUUAUGCUGUUGGCAUGGUGUUGACUUUUGUUGUUCUGGCACUGAUGAAGAUGGGACAACCAGCCCUUCUCUAUUUAGUACCAUGUACACUCAUUACCAGCUCACUUGUUGCCUGGAAACGCAAGGAGAUGAAAAAGUUUUGGCAAGGUAGUAACUAUCAGGUUUUGGACUCUUCCAGGAAGCCUUUGCUACAAGAUGAUGGAACAUCUUGAUUAUACAGCAAAUGAAGAAAGCACCACUACUGCCAAUGAACAGUCGACUGGAGGACAAUAACACCGGAGAUUCUGAUCUAAAAUAGUGGUGUUCAGAUUUUAUACAAAUAAACGUUAGAAAAUUGACUGAUUUAACAUUUACACUAAAGUAUUUCAUGUUCUAGAUGAAAAUUGUCUUUUUUUACAUUUGCACAUAUUUUUAUGGAAAGGGUACUAUUGAUUAUAUUAUAUGAACGUGAUUAAAAUCGAUUUGUUUUUAUAACAGACAACAUUUAGUAAAACUGUGCCUUAUAUCACUAUAAAUAAAAGAAUGUCUAUGCAAUUUUCUAAACGUGUUAUGUACAAUAUAUUUUUAUACAAAUAUUUCUUGUCCCCAUCUCCACUGGACAAAGUCACUUUCUGGCUAAUAGUUAAAAUUGGUUGAUUUGCACUAUUAGGAAUUAGAAGUGACCUUCACAGGACUUCGCUCAAACUUUUGAAUGCAAAGAUUGUUAGAUUAUAAUUAGUAUGGCAUACAGUUUAGUGUACAGACCUAAAUAAGUCAGACAGUUGCACUAAGUCAUAAAGGUAUGGUUAUAGUACAUCUCAACUUGUUUUUACUUUCUGUCCCUCAUUGGCCCUUUUUUUCCCUGUUAGCAGUGCAAUCAGAAUGACAAUAUAAACUAAACUUGAUACUUUAGUUUCUUUACCUAAUUGCCUAGAAAUCUAAAUACAGCCCUUGAGUAGCUAACAGCCAAGAGAACAGCAAAACCCAAACUUCCAUCCGCUUUUUCCCUAGAAUUUUUUAAUUAGAAAAAGAAUCUCUGAGAUUCUUGACUACUUUGAAUCUCUGAUAUGACCACUUGCUCCAGAACCCAGGCUUUAAUCCUGAAUCCAUAGACUUCAGUGGAUGUAGGGUUCGGCUCCUACAGAGUGAGAAGAAACCUCUAGAUGUGUAUCCACCCAAUCCUGAAGUUUUAAGAGGAAGUGUUGUUUGUAGUUGAUACUGUACAAUAUAAGUACGUUGAUGUAAUGCUUAAUUAAAGCCAAAACAUGUUUAAUUUGCCAUUUAGUCUUAAUAUCUGUCUUGUUUAUUGAAAUGUUCUAAACAAAUUAAAAAGGAAAUUGAGUUAAACAAUUAGUUCACAUUUAGGAGAGUUUGAUUUUUAUUAACACUUGAUUUUCUUUGGAAACUGCAAAUUGAGGAUAUACCAAGUGAUUAGACAUUUGAUGAUAUAGCACUAUCCUAACACUUUUUGACCAAAGAGACUUGCAGAAGCCUUCAAUUGUGAACCACUGAAGUUCACCCCUUGCUAAUUUAAAAUAGUCAUUUAAAGACAAAUCUUUUUUCUUUUCUAUAAUGCUGCGUCUAGAUUGGCAUGAUUUUCUGGAAAUGCUUUUAAUGGAAAAGUUUUUCUGCAAAAUCACUUUGCGCAAAAGGGACUUCUGCUCCUGUUCAGGCAAAAUAGUAUUUCCGCAAGAAGCACUGAUUUCUUACAGUAGGAAGUCAGUGCUUUUGCGGAAAUUCAAGCGGCCAGUGUAGACAGCUGGCAAGCUUUUACGGAAAAGCGGCUGAUUUUCCGGAAAAACUGGCCAGUCUAGACACAGCCUAAGUGAACUAAGUUCUUACAGUAAGUGCCAGAGUUUAGAUACUUAAACUGCAAUUCAGUAGAUAUAACUUGAGCAAUGGUAAUGCAGGCUUCCCUGUAACAUCUCACUUAAGAGACUCAAUCACCCCUUGCCUCUAAACAUGAUGGGGGGUAGCUUAGUAUCCACAACUCAGUCUUCUAUUGACCUUUUUAUAAAGACUGCCAAGGAGAAUACUAGCUGAUGUGGAUGAUUUAGCCACUUUGGUUGUAACUGCAUUGAAACAACCAUGGCUAUAAAACCACUUUCAGACUGUGGUAGUGGUCACUUUGUACUAUCUGAGCUAGAGGUACCCAGACUGCAUCAAUGUGGAAUGCUGUCACAUUCCACCAUUGAUUCUCUGAGAGAUCGUCUACCUCUUCAGUAGACUCUAGUUAUUACAAUCAAUUUCAGGCAUUGGAAAUACCUCAGUGCUUAAUAGCAUUAUGGUAAAUGUUGAGGUAAUCUGAAAUUAGAUGGCAAAAUCUGUACAGGGAAAAAACAGGGUAAAGUGUUUUUUCUCCUUAAAAUUGCUUUCUAUUUCUAGUAUAAAAUGCUAAGUUGCUAUAAUGAAACUUUAGUUUUGACAUAUCCAAACUACUUCAAAAUGGAGUGGUAGUGAUGGAAAAGUAUCUGAACAUUUCAUAAGAAAUAAAGGGAUCAUAAUGGUAAUUUAGCAUUUUGCUGUACUUUCAAAUGUUAAAGGCUUAAUAAACCCUUCUAAAAUUAUUCUUGUUUUCCCUGUGGAGAAGUCUCUAUCUAAUUUUACCUGAUUAUCAAAUAGUUUGGAAGUUUAAGUUUAGUGUAAAUUAAAGAGCUGUUUGGCAGCUUAUUUAACUGUGUUCAUUCAGCAGUUUGAUGUGAGAAGUCUGUAUUGCUCAAGGCCUAAUUAUUCUGUGAGGCUUCACACACACACUGCAGUUUGAUGGGAUGCAAACUAACUUUUUUUUCUUCAAAUGCUUGUGCUUGACUUUAGGGAAAUCAAGUUUUUAUAAGCUUUUAGUGUCAUCUAAUGAAAUGUAUUUCAUGAAUAGUUCAAAGGGACUUCUCCUUUCAAUUUGUUUUAAAUAGCAUUGGUUGUUUACUUAAAUUCAAUUGUUUAUUUCCUUGCAAUAAGAGUCUUACUAGCAUUAUUUAAUUAUCCUUUAACUUUUUUUGUUGUAUGAAUACUGACAGUUCCCUCUCCUGCCAUUUAAACAUUAAGAAUGUUAAUAAAUUGUUUCUACAGGUAA